AUGAAAAAUUUCGUGUUUUCCGUCCACGUCCAUUUUCCGAUUUCCAUAGUUACGCCGGCCAUUCGCCAGCAAGUCUUCCACGGGAUGUACGCCGCACUUGCUGCUGCUGUGGUGAAUCAAAUCGACAAGUUCGUGCUUGUACCUCUCGGAGUAUUCUUUUUAGUGAGCUCCUACACAAUCGUCAUCGUCCGUGUUUUCACUUUCACUAACGAGAGUUCCAUCAACAUUUUGCACUUUUCAAACUUUUCCGAGGAACUCAAUUUGUCGAUGACUACAUUACCAUAA